GCCACCUCCUGCUUCUCCGCUUUAGUUCCUCUUUUCCGCUUUUCUGCUCCCUUCUUUCCCAUCCUGCUUUUGGGCGAGCGCUGGUGAGGACCAGGGGACGUCGCCCAGCCUCCCCUCCAGAGAAGCGAGGAUGCUGAACAACCUGACCGACUGCGAGGAGGGGGACGCGGGACCCAACAGCCAGGGCGAUGGGGUCCCCAAGGAGAGCAGUCCCUUCAUCAACAGCAGCGAUGCAGAGAAAGCCCAGCAAUAUGAGGGGAAGAACAUGGCCCUGUUUGAGGAGGAGAUGGACACCAGCCCCAUGGUCUCCUCACUGCUCAGCAGCCUGGCGAACUACUCCAACCUCCCGCAGGGGAGCAAGGAGCAUGAGGAGGCGGAGAACAACGAGGAGGUGCGCAAGAAGCCGAUCAAGGCUCCACAGAUGGGCACCCUUAUGGGAGUGUACCUCCCCUGCCUGCAGAACAUAUUCGGGGUGAUCCUCUUCCUGCGCAUGACCUGGGUGGUGGGCGUCGGAGGGGUGGUGGGAUCCUUCAUCAUCGUCUUCAUGUGCUGCUCUACGACCAUGCUAACCGCUAUCUCCAUGAGUGCCAUCGCCACCAACGGGGUAGUGCCAGCGGGUGGUUCGUACUACAUGAUCUCGCGGUCCCUGGGGCCAGAGUUCGGGGGCGCUGUGGGGAUCUGCUUCUAUCUGGGGACCACGUUCGCCGGGGCCAUGUACAUCCUGGGCUGCAUCGAGAUCCUGCUGAUCUACAUCGUGCCCCAGGCGGCCAUCUUUAAGCUGGAGGGCCUGGAGGGGGCGGAGGCAGAGGCGGCCCUGCUGAACAACAUGCGUGUGUACGGCACGUGCGUGCUGAGCCUGAUGGCCACGCUGGUGUUCGUGGGGGUGAAGUACGUCAACAAGCUGGCCCUCGUCUUCCUCGCCUGCGUCGUCGUGUCCAUCGUGGCCGUGUACGCCGGUGUCGUGAAGACCGCCAUCGACCCGCCCGACUUCCCAGUGUGUGUCCUGGGGAAUCGAACCCUGAUCACCAGGGGCUUCGAUGUGUGUGCCAAAGUGAUUGAGCGGGAGAACAGCACUGUGACGACCAAGCUCUGGCGCAUGUUCUGCGACUCAGAGUUCCUGAACGCCACCUGUGAUGAGUACUUCAGCAGCAACAACGUCUCCCAGAUCCAGGGCAUCCCUGGGGUCAUGAGCGGCAUUCUGUCAGAGAACAUGUUCGGUAACUACCUGGAGAAGGGAGACGUGUUGGAGAAGGUGGGGCUGGGCGCUGUGCAGGACCCAGACGCGCCCCUGAGCAACAGUAACCGCUACGUCCUGGCCGACAUGACCAGCUUCUUCACCCUGCUGGUCGGCAUCUACUUCCCCUCUGUCACGGGGAUCAUGGCAGGCUCAAACAGGUCAGGUGACCUGAAAGACGCGCAGAAGUCCAUCCCGAUUGGCACAAUCAUGGCGAUCACCACCACUUCCCUCGUGUACAUGUCCAGCGUCAUCCUGUUUGGAGCCUGCAUCGAGGGAGUGGUCCUGAGAGACAAGUUCGGGGAGGGGGUGAACGGGAACCUGGUGAUUGGCACGCUGGCCUGGCCCUCCCCCUGGGUCAUCGUGAUUGGCUCGUUCUUCUCCACCUGCGGGGCGGGGCUACAGAGCCUGACGGGGGCGCCACGUCUCCUCCAGGCCAUCUCCCGCGAUGGCAUCAUCCCCUUCCUCAGAGUGUUUGGUCACGGGAAGGCCAACGGUGAGCCCACCUGGGCCCUGCUGCUCACAGCCUGUAUCUGUGAGACGGGCAUCCUCAUCGCCUCACUGGACGCCGUGGCCCCCAUCCUCUCCAUGUUCUUCUUGAUGUGCUACAUGUUCGUCAACCUGGCCUGCGCCCUGCAGACCCUGCUCCGCACCCCCAACUGGAGGCCCCGCUUCAAGUUCUACCACUGGGCGCUCUCCUUCCUGGGCAUGAGCCUGUGUCUGUCCCUGAUGUUCAUCUGCUCCUGGUACUACGCCAUCAUCGCCAUGGUGAUCGCAAGCUGCAUCUACAAGUACAUUGAGUUCUGUGGGGCGGAGAAGGAGUGGGGAGACGGGAUCCGGGGCCUGUCCCUCAGCGCUGCCCGAUUCGCCCUCAUGAGGCUGGAGGAGGGACCGCCACACACCAAGAACUGGAGACCCCAGUUGCUGGUGCUGGUCAGUGUUGACGGUGAGCAGAAUGUGGAACAGCCCCGCCUCCUGUCUUUGACCAAUCAGCUGAAGGCAGGGAAGGGUCUGACCAUCGUGGGGACGUCGCUGCAGGGCACCUUCCUUAGCAACGGCCCUGAGGCCCAGUGUGCCGAGCAGUCUCUGAAGAAGCUGAUGGAAACGGAGAAGGUGAAGGGGUUCUGCCAGGCGGUGAUCUCCUCUAACCUGCGCGACGCCACGUCCCACCUGAUCCAGACCGGCGGCCUGGGGGGGCUGAGGCACAACACCGUGCUGCUGGGCUGGCCCCGCCCCUGGAAACAGACCAACGACCAGCAGGCCCUGCACAACUUCAUCGAGGUGGUGAGAGAGACCACAGCAGCUCGUCUGGCACUCCUGGUGCCUAAGAACAUCUCGGCGUACCCCUCCAACGGCGAGCGCUUCACCGAGGGACACAUCGACGUCUGGUGGAUUGUCCACGAUGGAGGCAUGCUCAUGCUCCUGCCCUUCCUGCUGUGCCAACACAAGGUGUGGCGGAAGUGUAAGAUACGCAUCUUCACCGUGGCCCAGAUGGACGACAACAGCAUCCAGAUGAAGAAGGACCUGAUCACCUUCCUGUACCACCUGCGCAUCGACGCCCAGGUGGAGGUGGUGGAGAUGCAAGACAGCGAUAUCUCCGCCUACACGUACGAGAAGACCCUGGUGAUGGAGCAGCGCUCACAGAUCCUGAAGGAGAUGCAGCUCACCAAGAACGAGCGGGAGAGAGAGAUCCAGAGCAUCACUGACUCCUCCCGCGGGUCGAUCCGCCGUAAGAACCCGGCGGGCGUGGCCAAGCAGCAGAGCGUCAGCGAGGAGCCGGCCGGGGCCAGCGUGGAGGAGAAACCCGAGGAGGAGAUGCAGUUGAUCCACAACAAGGAUGCCACGCCCACGCCCACACCCACGCCCACGCCCACCCCAGCAAGCCCCGCCUCUCCCACGGAGGAGGCGGAGACCCCCGGCACAAAGGUGCAGAUGACCUGGACGGACACCUGCGACGGAGACAAGCCCCCCAUCAUGGGGGCCACCUCCCCCGAGGGCCUGAAGGACUUCUUCAACAUGAAGCCGGAGUGGGAGAACCUGAACCAAUCGAACGUCAGACGCAUGCACACCGCGCUCAGGCUGAACGAGGUGAUCGUGAAGAAGUCUCAGGACGCCAAGCUGGUUCUGCUCAACAUGCCCGGCCCACCCAAGAACCAGAGCGGGGAGGAGAACUACAUGGAGUUCUUGGAGGUUCUGACAGAGGGGCUGAACCGCGUGCUCCUGGUUCGAGGCGGAGGGCGCGAGGUCAUCACCAUUUACUCCUGAGAGACGGGCCCCGCCCAAAACUCCACCCACGCCCCUCCCCCAGAACCCCAUGCUCCUACACCCCUCCCUCCUCCUCUGCAGACUCAACCUUCAUCCCCCAACAUCUUUCAUCUCUCUCACACACACACACACACACACACACACACACUGUAUACACACACGCACACACAUACUGCAUACACACACACCCACAGAUGUGCACACAUACAGUAUGUACACACACUGUAUACGCACACUAUAUACACGCAUGCACACACACACACACACACGCACACACACACACACACACACACAGUAUAUGCUGACAUAUAUUCAAAUAGAGAAAGACAAACACACACACACACACACACCCACAGAUGCUGCACCUACUGUAUCCAGCACUGCAAGUCUGCUGGUGAUGUUACUGUCAAUGUUUGUGUUCAGCAUCGCAGCCAAUCAGCGGAGCCCAUGCCUCACUCAUUGAGUGGCUAUUGGC